ACAACUUCACAAUCCCACUGCUGCUUCUGGAGGAGCAAACUCUUACACGAUGCACGUUGAGAUUCUUCUGCUGUUGUGUGUAUGUUGCGUGAGGAGGGUCACGGCCUACCCCGGUGGGCAAGUGGAGAAUUCAUGUGAAAGCAUGACCCCUAAUCACCCUGACUUUGAGCCCCAAACAGACGGCUCUCCUUACAAAGUCUUUGUGAACAGCACAACAUUCACGCCAGGACAAACCAUCACUGUAACCCUGCAGGCGGCGGAGAACACCUCCGAAUUCCAAGGCUUCAUGUUACAGGCUCGAGAGGUGCAUGGAAAAACUGCAGUGGGACGCUUUACAUUAAUAAACACCAACCAAUCCCGUGCCCUGAACUGCUUCAACAUAGAGAACUCAACUCUCAGCCAAGCAUCUGCAGACAAGAAAUCCCAGUUUGAGGCUACAUGGGAAGCACCAGCAAACUCCUCUUUGGAUGAUAUUCAGUUCUUUGUGACAUUUGUCAAAGACUAUACAGCGUUUUGGACCAUGGUUAACAGCUCUACAGUUCGGUCAAUUGGGAAUCAGUCUGCGCCGAGCACAUCACCAUCUCCUAACAAAACUACAUCUACAACAAUAAAACCACCAGCUGCUUCUCAGCAAACUAGUUCUUUACCAAAUUCCAGCCAUAAACAAACAAAUUUGAGUGCGAUGUGGCUGGGCGUAAUUCUCCACGCACUGAUUUUGCAUUCACUUUUUAUUUUGAGCAACCUUUGAUCAGUAUAAAUAGUUUUAGAUUAAAAGUAAUAAAACG